GUGUUUAAGGGCCAACAUCAGCAGCCGACACCUGCCCAGCAGGUUCCUCCAGCUCCACCUAAGUUUGGAGGUGAAGAGGCAAAAGAUGAACAACACAUCAAAGAACACUUGGAAGGUAAAGUGGACCCCACGGCUAAUAUGACACCUGAGCAACUUCAAUUUCAUUACUUUAACAUGCACGAUCUCGACAAAAAUGGGCGACUGGAUGGUGUGGAGCUUAUAAAAGCAAUAACGCACUUUCAUAUGGAAAAUCCCGGCCCUCAACAAAAUGUUCAUCAGCCACCGCUUUUGCCAAGUGAAUUGGAGUUAGAAUCAAUGAUUGAUUCAAUUUUGAGAGAUGAUGAUUUUAAUUCUGAUGGCUACAUCGACUACGCAGAAUUUUUGAAAGCACAGAAAAUACGCGAAGAGCACGCCAGAGCGCAACACCAGCAACAACAACAGCCACAACAUUAA